CUUUAGUUCUCUUAUUUAGAUUACUUUGUAAACAUAAACACGUUUUUUGAUGAAUUUAUUAGUAUUUCUGUUAUUWUUUUUAAUUUCAUAUUAAAAUGCCCAUGCAAAAGAAAAAGUUUCAAUCUGGUGAGGGAGCCAGAUAUGUCACAAGACGAGCAGCUUUAAAUAAACUCCAGCUAUCGUUGAAAGAUUUUCGUACACUAUGUAUAAUAAAAGGGAUUUAUCCAAGGGAACCAGCUCACCGUCGGCGAGCUCAGAGAGGAAAGAGUGGUAUUCAUAUUCUGUAUUUGAAAAAAGAUAUAUUGUUUCUAUUGCACGAACCCAUGAUAUGGAAAUUACGUGAACUUCAAGUGCACUUGAAUCGAUUACGUCGUGCAAAAGGAAUGCAUCAAAAAGAUUUGAUUAAACGAUUUUCGAAUACUAUCCCACGUGUUGCCAUUGAUCAUGUAGUGAAGGAACGAUACCCAACGUUCAUUGAUGCAUUACGUGAUAUGGAUGACGCUUUAACCCUUUGUUGUUUGUUUGCCACUUUUCCAAAGUUAAAAAGCAUUCCUCCCAACUUAAUUGCAUUAUGUCGUCGCCUUACUAUUGAGUUUAUGCAUGUGUGCAUUGCAGCACGUGCUUUGCGUAAGGUUUUCAUAUCUAUUAAAGGGAUUUAUUUUCAAGUUGAAAUAAAAGGCCAAACUAUAACUUGGGUUAUCCCUCACAAUUAUCCACAUGAACCACAAAAAAAGCAAGAGGUUGAUUUUUAUACUAUGGCCACAUUUGCAGAUUUUUACUCAACUGCAUUAGGUUUUGURAAUUUCCGUCUUUACCACAAUUUAAACCUUUACUAUCCUCCACGACUUGGUUUAUACAAUGCUGAAAGACUUGAAGAAGAAAUUUUAGAAGAAAAUGAAACAAGUGAUCGUGUAGCUGCAUUAAAUUUACCAUUACAAAAAACUGCAGAAGAUGUUGAAGAUCCAGCAGAUGCAGAGUUAGAUCUAGAUACUUUUGCAACGGAUGGUGAUGAAUCAAAAGCUGAAGAAGCACGUAAAGAAUAUGAGAAAGUAAGAAAAUUAAAGAAACUAUUUGAAGGUCUUAAAGUAUUUUUAAACAGAGAAGUUCCCAGAGAGCCUUUAGUAUUUGCUCUCAGAUGUUUUGGAGCUCAAGUAUCUUGGGAUGAAACCACAUUCCCCGAAGGUGCUACAUUUCCAGAAACUGAUGAAACUAUUACUCAUCAAAUAGUAGACAGGCCUGAUCUUGAGAAACAAUACAUUUCUAGGUACUAUAUUCAGCCACAGUGGGUAUUUGAUUGUGUAAAUGCACGUGAACUUCUUCCAGUUGAGAAAUAUUUUAUUGGCACACCAUUACCUCCUCAUUUGUCACCAUUUACAGUUGAAUAUCGUACACAACGUUAUGUGCCUCCUGAAGAGAAAGCUUUAACUGACCCAUCUGUAAUAGUUAAUAAAGAUCAAGAAUUGUUGGAUGAAAUUUCCGAUAAUGAUAUUGAAGAUAUUGAAGAUGAUAAAAAAGAAUCUGAAGAUGAAACCAUGGAUGCUGAUGAUGAGGAUCUAGAUGAAUUUGAUGGUGAAAUGACUGAAGAAAAAUUAGCUGAAAUUAAACGUAAAAAGAUGAAAGUGGAGUUAGGUACACCAGAAGUGAUUAAUAAAGGAAAGCUCAGACGUGAAAAUCAUCAAAUGAAACUCCUUAAAGAAAAAAUGAUUCAAAAGAAAUACAGAAACUUAUAUAAAAGUAUGAAGUCUGGUAGAAUGAAGAGAGAAAAAGAAAAGUAA